AUGUCUAGUGUUGAACCAAGCACGCAAGAGGAGAAUGGGUCCACCCCAGUGAUAGACACUCAACAACCUUCAGAGAAGCAGCAGUCACAACAAUCUCAACCUGACCAACACGGAGGAACCGAAUCUGCCCAAGAUUCUCAAGAGCAGAAACCAAACUUGGUUGAAUAUGAUCAAUUACAAAAAGAGUUUCAAGAAAAGUCACGCAAGUACCUCGUUGAACAGACACAACAUGUUAUUAUCCCAUCAUUUGCCAAAUGGUUUCACUUGAACAAGAUUCAUCCAUUAGAAAAGAAAUCGUUUCCUGAUUUUUUCAGUGAAGAUUCAAUAUACAAAACACCUCAAUCCUACAAGUACAUUCGAGAUUUUAUUAUCAAUACAUUCAGAUUGAAUCCCAAGGAAUAUUUAACCAUAACUGCUAUUCGAAGAAAUUUAGCUGGAGAUGUGACAAACAUUAUCCGUAUCCAUCAGUUUUUGGAGAAAUGGGGGUUGAUCAACUAUCAAAUUGAUCCCAAGACUAAAUCUACAAUCUUGGGGCCACAGUAUACGGGACAUUUUCAAAUCACUUUGGAUGCGCCUGAUGGGUUGAUUCCAUAUGUGCUGGAGGAUACACAGGUAGUGAAAGGCAAGGGGGAAGCUACUACUCAAGAAGGGCAGAGUAGUGAGGCAAAGCAAGCAGCAUCUACGUUGGAGCCAACCGUGAAGAAGGAACAAACACCUGUUGAUACACCAUUAUCUUUGAAUAUGGAAAUUAGAAGAGACAUUUACUCCACAGGACCAACAAAAUUUGGUUUCAAACCCCAAAACAAAGUUUCAUAUUCAUGUAGUAUUUGCGGCAAGGAUGCAACUGAAGUCAGAUACCACAAUUUAAAACUCAAGUCAUACUCCUACAACCCCAAUUCAACCAUAAACAAUGCUAGCAUAUUAUGUUCCAUAUGUUAUGAUCAAGGUUUAUUCCCACUGAACUUUACAUCAUCUGAUUUCGUUCAAUUCAAACAAUUGGCCGAGAAUGAAGCUUGGACUGAACAGGAAAUCUUGUUAUUGUUGGAAGGUAUUGAGAUGUUUGGCACUUUUGAAUCAACUAGCAACUUGAUUACACUGGGAGCAAACAUCAAUAUUAAUGCCCAAAACCAAUGGAAUAAAAUUGCUGAGCAUGUGUCUACAAAGAGUAAAGAACAAUGUUUGACAAAGUUUUUGCAAUUACCUAUUGAGGAUAAAUUCUUGCAUAAGUUGAUCUCAAAUAACGCCCAAUCAAAACAACAACCACAACCGACUCUUUCUAACUCUGGAGACAACGUCGACAAGGCCAACUUGGUUGAAGAAAUUGCGCAAAGGUUGAUCCAAUCCAACCAAGGUCAAGAUCUCAUCAAAUCAAACUCAACCGAAUACAUCUCCCAAUCCAACGCUGAACAAUUGGACUUGAUUAAUCAAAUCAUUGACUUGACGGUCGAAAAAGUCAAUUUGAAACUAGGCAAAAUCGACCAAUUGCAAAACCAACUCGUGUCCAUCACUAACCAAUUGCAAUUGGAGCGCAAACAGUUGCAAUUGACAAGAUGGGUCCAAUUGAACAAAGUCAACAAGUUGAAGCUGGAAAACCCCGAGUUGAGCAAUGUGUUGCUGGACUUGAUGAAACCGGUCAAGAUUAGCGAUAUAAAUUCUGGUGCAUCUGGAAAUUUGGCAAGUAAAACUGGACGCGAUGGAAAUGAGCGUGGUGAUGACAAUGAGAACGCAAUGGAUGUGGAUGGAAAUGAUGAUGAUACUACUGCUGCUACGUCGUCAAUAGAUGCUGAUUCUGUGCCAGUGAGUAUUUCAAAACCUAAAGAAUAUCAAUUCUGGUCAGGCUAA